AUGAGUGCAGCCGAAGUUGGGCCAGCGGCAGCUGUGUCAAAGCCAGGCAAGUGUGAGCGCAUCCUUUGGCUGGGAAACCAGCCACGCGGAGAGGUGCUGCUGAUCACAACUCUCGUCGACAAGAAGAGCCCCAACAGGUCUUCGAACAAGCUUCUCAAGAACAAGCGCGAAAGGUGGGAGAAGGCUCGCGGGCGUUCCGGUGGCAGCAGCAGCAGCGGCGGUGGCGCUAAGACGAAUGCCGACAGAGAGGUAGCCGACCCCGUCAUGGCGGCUUUUCGAGGAUGUGGCAGGACCCGAUACGGGGUGACGAUAAGCGAGCCAGCUGAGCCGACGGCGCCGGCUGACUGGCGCCAGCAGUCUACGGAAACGUUUGUCGCGUCCAUGGACAGCAUGGGGUAUAACAAGGCGCUGCAUCACUUGGAAGGCACCGGCUCAAAGUUUGCGAAGGAGACGCGUGUUCGCGUGCGAGAGUUGGAAGCCAAGGUCAGCACAGCGGUCUCGUUAGAGCGAGCCCUCGAGCAAGCGCAAAGGCAACGUAGAACCAAGGAGGGUAGCCACACGUUUCAAACGAUCCUCACCGCUGCGUCGUAUCCCGUGGACGACGUAGACGGGGCUCCAUCGGUGUCAGCAAGACGUAGGGCAGCAGCGCUGGGGGUUCGCGAGCAAGCCUUCAACUUUGCGGCGGAGCGUGCCAAGAAAUUGCUGUCCGAUCUCCAACCAACCGAGGCGAUAAAGCGCGGUGUCUACUGGUUUUGGGUCCGAGCUAAGCAAAGCAAUGCUCCCAGCGAAGAGCUGCUGGAGUUGAUGAGACAGUACUGGCACACGGACGAGAUGUCACGCCAGCAUGGUAACUCAGCUGAGCGCGACAUGUGGAACGAGAGCAAGUCUCCGACAGCUCACCGCCACCCUCGGUGGCAGCUUACGGAGCCGGGUGGGGGCGAGGCGGUGUACGCCAAGUUCCUCAACUGGGCGUCCUACAAGAGCUUCAAGGAGCGACAAAGCGACAACUUCACGGACCCUGGCUGUACGCUCUUCCUCUCGACGCGUUGCAAGUGCCUGGUCCUCCCUGCAAUGGAGCAGUGCGCGUGCAAGAUCCAUUCGCAGCAGGUGCUAUACAUCGAGGCGCUAGCCAAUGUCGACAUAACCAGCCACGGGGAAUGCGAUUGUCGAUGGUGCAACGUAGACGGCGAACGCAGGUAGCGGGAAGCGCCGAAGCAUAUGGGCACUUUCUCCGAUGCAAUUGGCUGCCCGAAGGUCAACUUGCGGGCAGCGGACCCGGAGGGUGACAGUUGAAUGGGGCGGAAACCGGAGUGCAACUCUUUGGACUGCGCUAUGUGUGGGUU